CGCACUCAGAUUGGUGGAGCCGCUCCACAUUCUGGGUCCCGAGCUCAUCGCUGCUCUUUACCGGUUCCGCUCCUCACCUUCUUGGAGGUGGCCCAGGAUCGGGAUCGCACGGCCACCUGGCCGCCGGACUCAGCAAGGACGGGCAGGACGGCUUCGGCUUCAUCCGGGAGCUCCAGUCCAGGGGCUGGGACAGCUCCCGUCGCUCUUCGUUCCGCCGACAGCGGUCCGGCAUGUUUUCCAGGGCCCAGGUGAGGCGGGUUCUGCAGCGGGUGCCCGGGAAGCAGCGACUCGGCGUCUACAGGUUCCUGCCCUUCUUUUUUGUCCUGGGAGGAACGAUGGAAUGGAUCAUGAUUAAAGUGCGCGUGGGCCAGGAGACCUUCUACGAUGUCUACCGUAGAAAAGCCUCAGAAAGGCAGUAUCAGAGAAGGCUGGAAGAUGCAUCAGAGACUGAACUUCAGCAGUCAAUAAAGUGAAUAUGAAACUUUA